GCGACGGGGCUGCCGCUGCCCUCCCGCGACUCUCCUGCUCCUCCUGCUCCGGCCGGACCCGGCGCCUGGGGACUGUCCCCUCGCUCGUGCGCACCUCGGCCCCGCGCCGCCACUGGCCUUCCAGAACAACUUGGGUGUUUGGGGGAGAAGCCCAGCACGGACGCCUGGCCCUCGGGAAGGUUUCCCUUCGGAGCGUGACGAUUUCUGCCUCUGUGGGGUUUUUUAAAAUUUUUGUUGUUUUGUGGGGUUUUUUUGGACGUGGACAUCGGAGUCUCCACCAAACGGCAAGAUGUCCAGCAGUGUCCCGGCGGAUAUGAUAAACCUGCGCCUGAUCUUGGUGAGUGGGAAGACGAAGGAGUUCCUCUUUUCUCCCAAUGACUCGGCCUCGGACAUCGCGAAGCACGUGUAUGACAACUGGCCGAUGGACUGGGAAGAAGAGCAAGUCAGCAGCCCAAACAUCCUCCGGCUCAUUUACCAAGGCCGCUUUCUGCACGGGAACGUCACGCUAGGAGCCUUGAAACUUCCUUUUGGCAAAACAACCGUGAUGCAUCUGGUGGCCAGAGAGACUCUCCCCGAGCCAAACUCUCAAGGUGAGCCAGGCCUGGAGGCCGCCCUCCGGUUCACCACAUGGUCGAGGGUCCCUGGAAACACCCACAGAGGCAGCUCCACACGGAAGAUGCCCAGCCGCAAGGGAGUCUGGGGCCGGCCGGCUGGUGCGGGGAAACGGGCCGUGAAGAAGACUGUCAUGUGA